AGGUGAAAACAAGCCGGACGAUAUCGUGUAAUUUUUUUUAUGUGAAAGAAAUUCUUCGAUUUUCUGGAAUAUUUCUGCGAAAACCUGCUAAAAUCAACUUGAAACUAUGGCUGAUGCCGCGGCACGUCAGCUGCAGUACGAGUACAAAGCGAACUCGAAUCUUGUCCUGCAAGCUGAUGUACGGUUGAUCGAACGUCCGCGGCGAGAUGAAGCUACCGGAGAGGUGCUGUCUCUGGUUGGGAAGCUCGAGGGAACCCGUAUGGGUGACCGGGCUCAGCGUACCAAACCGGAGAAAACGGAGGAGCGGAAGGCAAAGCGUCAAAAGCGCGACGAAGCGCAGUACGAUUUUAACAGUAUGAAAGGUGCCACUCUGCUGUCGGAAGGUAUCGAUGAGAUGGUUGGUAUCGUGUACCGGCCCAAGACGCAGGAAACUCGGCAAACGUACGAAGUGCUGUUGAGUUUUAUUCAGGAAGCGAUCGGCGAUCAGCCGAGGGAUAUACUGUGUGGUGCGGCGGAUGAGAUUUUGGCGGUGAUGAAAAACGAUAAGAUGAAGGACCGUGAGAGGAAGCGGGAAAUUGACGGGUUGCUGGGAACGGUAACUGACGAGCGGUUUGCGCUGUUGGUGAAUCUUGGUAAGAAGAUUACCGAUUUCGGGUCGGAUGCGGCUGGUGCGAUGGGUGUGACGGCGGAGGAGCAGAUCGAUGAUACGUACGGGAUAAACGUGCAGUUUGAAGAGUCGGAGGAGGAAAGUGACGAAGACAAGUACGGAGAAAUUCGGGAUGAAGAUGCGCAGGAUGAGGGGGAGGAAGCUAGGGAUGAUGGGAUGCUGCACGCGGAGAAUCUCGGCGGCAACGAGGAAGGCAAAAAGGAGAAAGCACUAGAUCCGCGUGAUAUUGACGCUCACUGGUUGCAGCGUUGCCUGCGGAAGUAUUACAACGAUUCGAUGAUGUCCCAAGCGAAGGCUGGUGAAGUGCUGGGAGUGUUGAAGGAUGCCGGAGAUGAUCGAGAGUGUGAGAAUCAGUUGGUUCUACUUCUCGGCUAUGAUUGUUUCGAUUUCAUCAAACUGUUGAAGAAAAACCGGCAGAUGGUUCUGUACUGCACGAUGUUGGCGUCGUCGCAGAGCGAAAGCGAGCGGGUGAAGAUUCGCGAGAAAAUGAAGACAGAUGGGUAUUUGUCAAGGAUUUUGCGCCAGUUGGACACCGGUAAGCAGGAGAUGGACGACUACGACAGCGAAAAAUCGAAAAUGCAGCGAAGGAGAAAGGAACAGGAUGAUGAUAAUAUGGAGGGAAUAGGCGGUCAGAUUCCGGGGAAUAGAAAUCUGCUGGAGUUGGAUGAAUUGGCGUUCACGCAGGGCUCUCAUCUGAUGGCAAACAAGCGUUGUCAGCUACCGGAUGGAAGUUUUAGGAAGCAACGUAAGGGUUAUGAAGAGGUUCACGUGCCGGCUUUGAAACCGAAAGCGUUUGAAGAAAAUGAGGAGCUGAUGACGAUUGAAAAGCUGCCGAAGUACGUGCAGCCGGUGUUUGCUGGGUUUAAGACGCUCAACCGGAUUCAGAGUCGGUUGUACAAAACAGCUCUCGAUAGCGAUGAAAAUCUGUUGCUGUGUGCCCCUACUGGUGCCGGUAAAACCAAUGUGGCAUUGUUGACGAUGAUGAGGGAAAUCGGAAAGCAUAUCAACGAUGAUGGUACGAUUAACGUGGACGAGUUCAAGAUCAUUUACAUUGCUCCAAUGCGCUCGCUGGUACAGGAAAUGGUUGGUAAUUUUGGCAAGCGUUUGGCUACGUAUAAUUUGACCGUGUCUGAAUUGACCGGGGAUCACCAGCUCAGUCGGGAACAGAUAGCUGCUACGCAGGUGAUUGUCUGCACCCCAGAGAAGUGGGAUAUUAUCACGAGGAAAGGAGGUGAAAAGACCUAUACCCAGUUGGUGCGCCUAGUGAUCAUCGAUGAAAUUCAUCUGUUGCAUGAUGAGCGAGGUCCAGUACUGGAGUCGUUGGUUGCUAGAACAAUUCGAAACAUUGAGACUACCCAGGAAGAUGUGCGUUUGGUGGGAUUGUCUGCGACGCUUCCGAAUUAUCAGGAUGUUGCGACAUUUUUGAGAGUUCGGCCGGAAACUGGGUUGUUCUAUUUUGACAACAGCUACCGUCCGGUUGCUUUGGAACAGCAGUAUAUCGGAGUAACGGAGAAAAAGGCCCUCAAGCGGUUCCAGGUUAUGAACGACAUUGUCUACGAGAAGGUUAUGGAACAUGCUGGAAAAAAUCAAGUUUUAGUGUUUGUUCACUCGCGAAAGGAAACUGGCAAAACUGCUCGCGCAAUCCGGGACAUGUGUCUGGAGAAGGACACCCUGGGAAACUUCUUACGUGAGGGUUCUGCUAGCAUGGAGGUCCUUCGAUCCGAAGCCGAACAGGUUAAAAAUGCAGAAUUGAAAGACUUGCUUCCGUACGGCUUUGCCAUCCAUCAUGCAGGUAUGACUCGCGUGGACAGAACUCUGGUAGAAGAUCUCUUUGCCGAUCGUCACAUACAGGUGCUGGUUUCUACGGCUACCCUAGCGUGGGGUGUCAACUUACCCGCACACACCGUCAUCAUCAAAGGUACACAAGUCUACAACCCGGAAAAAGGUCGCUGGGUUGAACUUGGCGCCCUGGACGUCUUGCAAAUGUUAGGACGUGCCGGUCGUCCUCAGUACGACACAAAGGGCGAGGGAAUCCUAAUUACCAACCACAGCGAGCUUCAGUUCUAUCUAUCGCUGUUGAACCAACAGCUACCAAUCGAAUCGCAACUAAUCUCCAAAAUGCCCGAUAUGUUGAACGCCGAGAUUGUCCUUGGAACGAUUCAAAAUGUUAAAGACGCUGUCACCUGGCUCGGAUACACCUAUCUGUACAUUCGAAUGCUACGCCAACCGACACUAUACGGAGUUUCCUACGAUGCAAUCAAGGAGGAUCCGUUGCUGGAACAUUUUCGCGCUGAUCUGGUUCAUACAGCCGCUCUUCACCUGGAGAAAAGUGGUUUGAUAAAAUAUGACCGCAAAAGCGGACACUUCCAGGUAACGGAAAUCGGAAGGAUCGCUUCCCACUACUACUGCACCCACGAGACAAUGUUGACCUACAAUCAGUUGCUGAAACCGACGCUCAGCGAGAUCGAGCUGUUCCGUGUGUUCUCACUUUCCGGAGAGUUUCGAAACAUCACAGUUCGCGAGGAAGAAAAAUUAGAGCUACAGAAGCUGAUGGAACGUGUCCCCAUUCCGAUUAAGGAAAGCAUGGAAGAAGCGAGUGCCAAGGUGAACGUUCUGCUGCAGGCCUACAUUUCGCAACUGAAGCUGGAAGGCUUUGCACUGAUGGCCGACAUGGUUUACGUAACGCAGUCUGCAUCCCGUUUACUAAGAGCGAUCUUCGAAAUUGUCCUCCACCGAGAGUGGGCCCAACUAGCGGACAAAUGUUUGACUUUGUGCAAAAUGAUCGAUCGCCGAAUGUGGCAGAGUAUGUCUCCGCUCAGACAGUUCCGCAAAAUGCCCGAAGAAGUCGUCAAGAAGAUCGAGAAGAAAAACUUCCCCUGGGAACGGCUGUACGAUCUGGAGGCAAACGAGAUCGGCGAACUGAUCCGUGUUCCAAAGCUGGGCAAGACGAUCUACAAGUACGUGCAUCAGUUCCCAAAACUAGAACUGUCCACGCACAUCCAACCGAUCACACGAUCUACGCUGAGAGUGGAGCUGACAAUAACUCCCGAUUUUCAGUGGGACGAAAAAAUCCACGGACAAUCGGAAGCGUUCUGGAUCCUGGUUGAAGAUGUCGAUUCCGAAGUGAUCCUUCACCACGAAUACUUUCUCCUGAAGUACAAGUACUGUCAAGACGACCACUUGGUCAAAUUCUUCGUUCCGGUUUUCGAACCGCUGCCGCCCCAAUAUUUCCUACGCAUCGUUUCCGACCGUUGGAUCGGCUCAGAAACGCAACUACCCGUCUCAUUUCGUCAUCUGAUUUUGCCGGAGAAAAAUCUACCACCAACGGAACUCCUGGAUUUACAGGCCCUUCCGAUCAGUGCUUUCCGAGAGCCACGAUUCGAACAGCUUUAUCGGUUCCCCCAGUUCAACCCGAUCCAAACGCAGGUAUUCAAUGCGGUCUACAAUAGCGAGGACAAUGUGUUCGUUGGAGCUCCCACCGGGUCGGGAAAGACAACCAUCGCGGAGUUUGCUGUCCUGCGAAUGUUGAAACAAAACCCUCACGGAAGAGUUGUAUACUUGGUUUCCAGAGAUUCUCUCGCCGAACUGAUAUUCAUGGAUUGGCAUCAGAAAUUCGGACAACAGUUGGAGAAGGAAAAUCUAGGUUGCAAGGUCGUCAAACUAACCGGUGAAACCGGAACAGAUUUGAAGCUAAUCGCCAAGGGUCAGAUAAUCGUGACGACUGCCGAUAAGUGGGACAUCUUAUCACGCCGCUGGAAACAAAGAAAGAACGUUCAAAACAUUCAACUUUUCAUCGUGGAUGAGUUGCAGCUGAUUGGAGGUGAAGAAGGUCCCGUUCUGGAAGUCGUCUGUUCCCGUAUGCGUUACAUUUCCUCACAAAUCGAGAAACAGAUUCGAAUAAUAGCUUUGUCAGCUUCGCUAUCAGACGCCAGAGACGUCGCCCAGUGGUUAGGAUGUAACGCGAAUGCUACCUUCAACUUCCAUCCUAGUGUUCGUCCGAUUCCGCUGGAACUUCACGUUCAAGGAUUCAACAUAACACACAACGCGUCAAGAAUAGCUGCCAUGUCGAAAUCGGUCUACAACGCGGUCACAAAAUUCAGCCCGCACAAACCGGUUAUUGUAUUUGUGUCUUCUAGAAAGCUAGCGCGUUUGACAGCUAUCGACAUCCUAACGUAUUGCGCUGCGGAGGCCCAACCGAACCGAUUCUUCCACGCCGAAGAAGAGGACAUCAAACCGUUCUUGGAUCGAAUGUCCGAUAAGACUCUGAAGGAAACACUAUCCCAAGGUGUCGCUUACAUCCAUGAAGGAUUGACUGCCUCGGAUCAUCGAAUUGUCGAACAACUGUUUGAUUCCGGAGCAGUACAAAUAGCUGUUGUCACACGGGAUCUCUGCUGGGGGCUAAACAUCACCGCUUACUUGGUAAUAAUAAUGGAUACACAGUUCUACAACGGUAAAAGUCAUUCCUACGACGAUUAUCCAAUCACCGAUGUCAUGCAGAUGGUAGGAAGAGCUAACCGCCCAUUGGAAGAUGACGAUGCCAAGUGCGUUCUGAUGUGUCAGAGUUCUAAGAAGGACUUUUUCAAAAAGUUUUUAAAUGAAAGUUUACCCGUGGAAAGUCAUCUGGAUCAUCGCUUGCACGAUCAUUUCAACGCCGAAAUUGUCACCAAAACGAUUGAAAACAAACAGGACGCCGUCGAUUAUCUAACGUGGACAUUCCUUUACCGGCGUUUGACUCAAAAUCCGAACUACUACAACCUGCAGGGUGUGACCCAUCGUCAUCUGUCCGAUCAUCUCUCGGAACUUGUUGAGACAACGCUGUCCGAUCUAGAGCAAUCCAAGUGUAUCAGCGUUGAGGAUGAGAUGGAUACUUUACCGCUAAAUCUGGGAAUGAUUGCCGCCUAUUACUACAUCAACUAUACCACGAUUGAACUGUUCAGUUUGUCGUUGAACAGUAAGACCAAGAUUCGAGGCUUGCUGGAGAUUAUUUCGUCUGCUGCCGAGUAUGAAGAUGUGGUUGUUCGGCAUCACGAAGACAACAUACUGAAGAGUUUGGCCCAGCGAUUGCCGAACAAGCUGACCGGACCCAACGGAGUGGCACCGAAGUACAACGACCCGCACAUCAAAACCAACCUGCUCCUGCAAGCGCACCUGUCCCGAUUGCAGCUCGGGGCCGAGCUGCAGGGUGACACCGAACAAUUCCUUGGCAAGGCGAUUCGUCUCAUCCAGGCCUGCGUGGACGUACUCAGUUCAAACGGUUGGCUUUCACCGGCCGUCGCUGCCAUGGAACUGGCCCAAAUGGUUACCCAGGCCAUGUGGAGUAAGGACUCCUACCUGAAACAGUUGCCCCACUUCAAUACCGACAUCGUCAAGCGCUGUCAGGAUAAGAAGAUCGAGACCGUGUUCGAUAUCAUGGAACUGGACGACGAUGAUCGUAUCCGGCUGCUGCAGCUGAGUGAUCAGCAAAUGUCCGACGUGGCACGUUUCUGCAAUCGCUAUCCUAACAUCGAAAUGACCUUCGAGGUUGUCGACAAGGAUCGAAUCCACUCUGGAUCGUCCGUGAACGUGGUGGUUAAUUUGGAACGCGAGGAUGAUGUCACUGGGCCAGUAAUUGCUCCGUUCUUUCCGCAGAAACGCGAGGAAGGCUGGUGGGUGGUUAUCGGUGACCCGAACACAAACUCACUACUCUCGAUCAAACGGCUGACGCUGCAGCAGAAGGCUAAGGUUAAACUCGACUUUGUGGCUCCCGCUCCAGGUCAUCACGAGUACACCCUUUACUAUAUGAGCGAUUCGUACUUGGGCUGCGAUCAGGAGUACAAAUUCAGCAUCAAUGUGGGCGACUUCCAGUCGGAGAGCGAGAGCGAAUCCGACUAAGAAUUGUGUAACUGGACUACUGUAACAGAACGGAUAUCGGUGACAACAAUUAUAAUUAAUUUAUAAGAUAUAUGUUUGUUAGCUUUAUAUGCCAUCAUCCGGUAGAUUCUCUUGAAUAAACAAAUAAAGCCAAAUCCAGAUGGAAUGCAAAACCACAA